CCCCGUUUUCCCUCCUUUCGCUAUCCAUCCAUCCCCUCUCUCCUUAUCCGGUGGUGCUUCCCUUCCUUUUCACUCUUCGGAGUAGUCGCUCGUUAUAUUUGCUCUUUUACUGACCCUAGUCUUUCGUUUCCGGAGUGUGGAGUUGGACUUCACUUCGACUUCGAAAUCCGCAACAUCACCUUGAUAAGGGAGAGAUACAGGAACAACAGUCGUCAGGAUGAGAUUCGACAUGGUUUCCGGCGCAUCUGCGCUGCUGUGGUUCGUCGCCAGCGUCGAGGCAUCCAAGCAUGCGCAUCGGCACCAUUUGAGACAUGAACACGGCACCGUCCACUCCGUUGCUGAAGUGGGUGCGCCAUUGGAGAAGAGAGGAGGGAAGUGCCAGUUCCCCACCGAUGCCGGCUUGGUCGCUGUGACUCCGAAUAUGAAGAACGCCGGAUGGGCGAUGAGCCCCGAUCAGGCCUGUGAGCCUGGCAAUUACUGCCCCUACGCCUGUCCCCCGGGCCAGGUGUCGAUGCAGUGGGACCCCGAAGCGACCUCGUAUUCGUACCCUUUGUCCAUGAAUGGCGGUCUCUAUUGCGACAAGGACGGUCAGAUCAAGAAGCCGUUCCCCGACAAGCCGUACUGCCAGGACGGCACGGGUGCCGUGGGCGCAAAGAAUAAGUGCAGCAAGCACGUUGCGAUCUGCCAGACUGUGCUGCCUGGAAACGAGGCAAUGUUGAUUCCCACGCUGGUCGAGGACGCGGCUACUCUUGCGGUGCCUGACCUCAGCUACUGGUGUGAAACCGCCGCUCACUUCUAUAUCAACCCGCCUGGCUAUGACACCGAGACCGCUUGUGUCUGGGGUACUUCUGACAGCCCCCUCGGUAACUGGUCGCCUUAUGUUGCUGGCGCAAACACCGACGGAAACGGCAACACGUUCGUGAAGAUCGGAUGGAACCCCAUCUAUCUGGAGACCACCACGCCCUUCCGCGACGUCGUCCCAGACUUUGGUGUCGAGAUCGAGUGCGAGGGUGGCGGUUGCAACGGCCUUCCCUGCAAGAUCGACCCCGCGGUGAACGCGGUCAACGAGAUGAUCGGUAGCACCGCCGUUGGAGCCGGAGGCGCCACCUUCUGCGUGGUGACGGUCCCCAAGGGUGAAAAGGCCAACGUUGUGGUCUUUGAAAAGUCCGGCGGCGGCAGCGGCAGCGGCAAUGGCGAUUCCCACUCCACAACCGCGGCACCCUCCACGACCUCUGAGCCCAGCUCGACCACCACAACCACCUCGUCCAGCACAGCGUCCUCCAGCACGUCGACUCCUGCCUCGUCGUCCUCAUCAGAGCCCACUGACACAGACUCGAGCUCGAGCGCCACCGUCACGCCCUCCACCAGCAGCGACCCCAGCUCAUCCGCCAAGGCGUCCAGCGCCAGCCAGGCUUCGGAAUCCGGUGCAUUCUCGUACACGUACAAGCCUCACGUGUUCGUCGAGCAGUCAGUCUCAGUGGAGGCCAUGGCAGCCGAAACGGCUGGUCCGGCACAAGCCACGGCCACUCCCACCCCUGCUUCCAAGGAAAAGGAGAAGGAGGGCAGCGCCGCCGAUGUUGCCGUCUCCGUGCUGACUCUGGGCAUGGGCGCUGUCGCGGCGAUGAUGAUCAACCUGUAGUAAGCUGCAGGUGCUACCUAUUGCUGUCACCAGCUCCAGCCUCAGCCGUGAACUAGCAUUUUUCGCAACUUCUCUUCGGUGCCUCGAAACUUUAUAAUUCUUUUUUCGUUUCUUCGGGAUACCCUGGUCCUAUUGAACCAUACCAUACCAUACUAUACCAUUCUUGACGACUGACGUUAUCUGUAUAUUGACGACCCUUUGACCUGCCUAUAUUAUAUAUUCUUCGCUUCGUCUGUUCUGCUCAUCAGCAGUUUUCUUUUUGACUUGGGGAUUUGGAACGCAUGAUCUGCUAUGCUGUUGCCGAUUGAAUUGACGAUGGGGCUUGAACAUACCAUUCUAAGAAUGGAUAGUGAGCUGAUAGCUGAUUUUGAUAAUGUCUAUUACUCGCUAGUUCGUGAUAGGCUGGAGCAAUGUGACAUUUGCAUAUAUCCAU